CUAAAUUGUAAGAGGCUGGCAUCCAGAUAUCAUGUCAGGAACCAUACUAACCACCUUACGGAAUAAAGCGGACAGAACCGGGGAUUACCGAGUGUAAGGAUAAGCCGGUUAAAUGAAAUGCUAAAAUCAUGACUGUUUUAAUUGGAGGAGGUAGAGGAUUUGUCGGCAAACAUUUGACCAAAGUUUUGAAAAAUAAUGGAUAUGAUGUGACAAUAAUUUCAAGGCAGGCAGCAAAAGGUCAAAUAACAUGGUCAGAAGUGGAAAGGAACGGACUACCAAAUGAUUGUAAAGCAGUGGUAAAUGUUGCUGGUGAAAAUAUUCUCAAUAUGUUGAAAAGGUAUUUAUUCUAUUCUUACCAUUUAGAUAAUUAUGCUGCCCCCAAAGGGCAGUGUGGCAUAUCUUUUUAUUUGUGUCUCUAGCUAGAUGUUUUAAUUUUGUCUGGACCAUAACUGUGAUAUAUGGAUGGAUUUUGAAAUAAUUUGCAUAACUGUAAAGCACAUUGAGAUGAUUUGUCGCAAGCAAGACCAGGGUCUGUAGUUCAAAGGUUAAGGUCACACUUUGACUUGAAAGAAAUUUUCAUAAAUGUUCAUUGAUGGUCAGGUGAUGAAUCAACAAAUCUGUCAUUCCAAGAUGGAUUUUUAAAUAACUUGGCAUAAAUGUGUUUUAACAAGGUACCUGUGUGUUUGGAUUCUUUCAUGUGAGGAAGCUAUCCAGCUAGCUUACGGAACGUCGGUGGUUCUACUCAGAUGCCUGUUCGUGCCUGAAAUAAUGCACGGAAGGACGAAUGAGGUCUUCCUCCACCUGUAAAGCUGGAAUGUCGCGAUAUGACCUAUACUGUGCCGAUGUGACGUAAAACCCAAAACAAACAAACAAAACCUGUUGUUUCAUCAGCAGCUCAAAGGUGCUGGUGUCAAAGGUCACACUUGUUGUUCAGACAUAUGAAUGAAUAGAAGUUCCUAUCUGUUUCAAGAUUUUAUCAUUCAUGGGUUCAGAUAUUGAAAUACUGUAAAACAAAUUU